AUGGUCCUUUCAAGGCCAAAUGAUCAAAACGUACUAAAGGCGUUCAGCCUGCGAGAAAAGGUCGCGGCUGUGACUGGUGGAGCAAGAGGUAUCGGACUCGAAGUGUCACGAGGGCUAGCUGAAGCUGGUGCAAAUGUGGCAAUGAUUUAUCGAACUUCCAAGGACGCGUCCGUAUUUGCUGCCGAGAUCGCGGAAGCCAACGGUGUCAAAUGCGUUGCCUAUCGAGCCGAAGUCCAGGACGCAAAGGCCAUUGGAAACACCUUGAUUCAGAUUGCAAAGGACUUCGGGAAACUUGACAUCGUGGUUGCAAAUGCUGGUAUUGCCACUCACCAUGCGGCUGAGGAUGUUACCGUGGAACAGUGGCGUGAGAUCAUGAAGGUCAACUUAGAUGGCGCCUUUUGGACAGCACAAGCCGCCGGCAGAAUUUUCAAACAGCAAGGAUUUGGGAAUUUGAUUUUUACAGCAUCUGUGAGCGCCAUUCUGGUGAAUGUUCCUCAAAAACAGGCGGCGUACAACGCAUCGAAGGCUGGUCUGGUCCAAUUGGCCCGAUGCCUUGCCGUCGAAUGGGUUGAUUUCUGCCGUGUAAAUUGUGUGUCACCCGGGUUUAUCGCCACAGAUAUGCUGUCAGUCCAUCCUGAAGAAUGGAGAAAGAAAUGGUUUGGAAUGAUUCCAGCCCAGCGUCUUUGUGAUCCUUAUGAGUUGAAGGGAGCAUAUGUUUUCCUUGCAAGUGACGCCUCAUCAUAUAUGACAGGCGCCAACAUGGUCAUUGACGGAGCUUAUACACUGCCGUAG